AUGGAUCGUUUCCUAAAAAGAGCUCGUACCGGUACAGCGUACCCUGAGGAUAUCUCGGUCACUGAGGAUGAUGGCAGGGUUGUGGUCAAAGGGAAAAAUUUCCUCGCCAAUGAUCAAAACAGGUCAUUCCUGCCGGCUUGGCAAGACAAAUAUCCUUGGUUGGAAUACUCAACCCAGAAGGAUGCUGUUUACUGCUACUACUGCAGACAUUUUGGGGCUCCAACGGCGGCCAAGCCAUCCCCGUUUUUCGAUGACCCGCAUGGAUUUUCCAACUGGAAAAAGGCUGUCCAGAGAUAUGACGAACACUCUGCUAGCGAAUAUCAUCAGAACUCUACCAAGGGCUACUUCGAAUGGAGCAGGAUGAAGGAGAAGGGGCAAUCAGUAGUUAGUUAG